GCAAACGUGGUGCACAUAGAACCCGAACUUCAAAUUCAGUCUUUCAAUCCAGAUCUGCCACAGGAACUACUUAAUCAUCGUAAUGGCCAACAAAAAGAAUCUGCUGUUGCUCUUCGAUCGUCCUAACGAGCCAAUUUUCGUGCAGAAGGGAAAAGACGCAGUGUUCGAUCUGCCUGAAAAAUUUCUCACUGAUCGAUAUCGUUCCAUUGGUGAGUUACUGCAAAAUCGGUUUGGUGAAGAAGCGGAGCGACGCAUUCCUGUGAAGGAGAUAUCCAUUCCAGAUUUACGUAUCCCCCUAUCACUAGCGCGAGAUGCACAAUUUUCUCUUUUCAUUCCGGCUCAUCGUCGUAUUGCUGGUCGCCUGAUUGAUAUUUUCAUGGGUGUGCGUUCCAUUGGCGAUCUUCAGAGUGUUGCCGUUUAUGCCCGCGAUCGUUUGAAUCCGUAUUUGUUCAAUUAUGCACUGUCGGUGGCGCUGCUACAUCGUAAGGACACCAAAGGACUGAACAUUCCAUCCAUUGUACAGAGCUUCCCCUACAAGUUUAUGGACUCCCGCGUUCUUCGCCAGAUUCGAGAAGAAGUCUUCAUUGUUCCUGAGGGAUCACGUAUGCCAAUUAUUAUUCCAAGCGAUUACACUGCUUCCGACUUAGAUCCCGAACAUCGGCUUUGGUAUUUCCGUGAAGAUAUUGGUGUUAACCUCCAUCAUUGGCAUUGGCAUUUGGUGUAUCCCUUUGAAGCCGGCGAUCGUGCCAUUGUGAACAAGGAUCGUCGUGGUGAACUCUUCUACUACAUGCAUCAGCAAGUAAUGGCUCGAUAUAAUAUGGAACGUUUCAGCAAUAAUUUGGCACGGGUUGCGCGUUUCAACAACUUGCGCGAUCCCAUAAAGGAAGGAUACUUCCCCAAAAUGGACUCAUUGGUGGCUAGUCGCGCUUGGCCAUCACGUUUUAAAGAUACAAAAUUGUCAGACAUAAACCGACCAGUGGAUCAAAUUCAACUUGAUGUGAGUGAUUUGGAACGCUGGAACGAUCGUAUAUUUAGUGCUAUAGCGAAAGGCUUUGUCACUGAUGAAAGUGGCAAUCAGGUACCACUGGACGUAGUUCAUGGUAUUGAUAUUUUGGGCAACCUGAUUGAAUCAUCUAUUCUUUCUCCAAACCAGAGUUUGUAUGGUGAUUUACACAAUAUGGGCCACGUGUUCAUUUCAUACUCUCACGAUCCCGAUCAUUCUUAUUUGGAGUCCUUUGGCGUAAUCGGUGAUAAUGCCACUGCCAUGCGAGACCCCGCUUUCUACAGAUGGCACGCAUACGUCGAUGAUAUCUUCCAGCAACACAAAACUCGUCUCACGCCAUACUCUCUAUUCGAGCUCAAUUACACGGAUGUAUCUAUCACUGGUGUACAAGUAUCUUCUAAAGAAUGUAAAGCAAAUGUUCUUCAAACUUUCUGGCAACAAUCAGAUGUAGACCUAUCACGUGGAAUGGACUUUGUGCCACGUGGAAAUGUGUUUGCUCGCUUCACUCAUCUUCAACAUAUCCCAUUUACCUACACAAUCAACAUCAAUAACGACGGUGGUGCUCAACGUUAUGGUACAGUACGGAUCUUCCUGGGACCGAAAAGAGAUGAGACCCAUAAGGAAAUGCUUUUCAAAGAUCAACGUUUGCUGAUGGUAGAAUUAGACAAAUUUGUUGUCUCUCUAAACCCUGGCCAAAAUACCAUUCGACGCCGAUCUUCUGAGUCCAGUGUUACCAUUCCCUUCGAGCAAACCUUCCGUAAUGUAGACAAAAACCGACCGGGAGAAGGUAGCCCCGAAGAAUUAGAAUUCAACUUUUGUGGUUGUGGAUGGCCUGAUCAUAUGCUCAUCCCGAAAGGUUUGCCCGACGGUCUUUGCUGCGAAUUGUUUGUUAUGGUAUCCGAUUAUGAUCAGGAUAGGAUCGAUGAACCGUCCGGAGGUGCGUGCAAAGAUGCGCCAUCUUACUGUGGCCUGCGUGAUCGUCGCUAUCCAGACCGUCGUGCUAUGGGGUAUCCAUUUGACCGCCUCGCUCGCUCAGGUGUUGACAACCUUGCCCAAUUUCUGACUCCGAAUAUGAGCGUCGUAGAUGUGGUAGUGCGUCACGACAAAGACACUGAAAAACAGAAAUCUGAACCAUUGCCACCUGUGGAUAUUUCGGAUGCUGUUGUUACUCAUUUAGAUGUUCCAGAAAAACAACAGUCGCUAUCUGUCGCGCUCGCUGGUGUUACACAAAAACAAUACAAUGGCAAAGAGUUGGAGUCUACUAUAUACUUAAACCCGAACUUCAAAUUCAGUCUUUUAAUCCAUAUCUGCCACAGAAACUACUUAAUCAUCGUAAUGGCCAACAAAAAGAAUUUGCUGUUGCUCUUCGAUCGUCCUAACGAGCCCAUUUUCGUGCAGAAGGGAAAAGACGCAGUGUUCGAUCUGCCUGAAAAAUUUCUCACUGAUCAAUAUCGUUCCAUUGGUGAGUUACUGCCAAAUCGGUUUGGUGAACAAGCGGAGCGACGCAUUCCUGUGAAGGAUAUACCCAUUCCAGAUCUGCGUGUACCCAUGUCACUACCCCGAGAUGUACAAUUUUCUCUUUUCAUUCCGGCUCAUCGUCGUAUUGCUGGUCGCCUGAUUGAUAUUUUCAUGGGUGUGCGUUCCAUUGGCGAUCUUCAGAGUGUUGCCGUUUAUGCCCGCGAUCGUUUGAAUCCGUAUUUGUUCAAUUAUGCACUGUCGGUGGCGCUGCUACAUCGUAAGGACACCAAAGGACUGAACAUUCCGCCCCUUGUACAGAGCUUCCCCGACAAGUUUGUGGACUCCCGUAUUUUCCGUCAGAUUCGGGAGGAAGUUGCCGUGGUUCCUGAGGGAUCACGUAUGUCAAUUACUAUUCCAAGCGAUUACACUGCUUCCGACUUAGAUCCCGAACAUCGGCUUUGGUAUUUCCGUGAAGAUCUUGGCAUCAAUCUACAUCAUUGGCAUUGGCAUUUGGUGUAUCCCUUUGAAGCCGGCGAUCGUGCCAUUGUGAACAAGGAUCGUCGUGGUGAACUAUUCUACUACAUGCAUGAACAAAUAUUGGCUCGGUAUAACUUGGAACGCUUCAGCAAUAAUCUGGCUCGAGUUUUGCGUUUCAACAACUUACGCGAUCCCAUAAAGGAAGGGUACUUCCCCAAAUUGGACUCAUUGGUGGCUAGUCGCGCUUGGCCACCACGAUUUAAAGAUACAAAAUUGUCAGACCUAAACCGACCAUUGGAUCAAAUUCAAAUGGAUGUAACUGACUUGGAGCGCUGGAGCGAUCGUAUAUUUAGUGCUAUAGCGAAAGGCUUUGUCACUGAUGAAAGUGGCAAUCAGGUCCCACUGGAUGAAGUUCGUGGUAUUGAUAUUUUGGGCAACCUGAUUGAAUCAUCUAUUCUUUCUGCAAACCGGGCCACGUAUGGUGAUUUACACAAUAUGGGCCACGUGUUCAUUUCAUAUUCUCACGAUCCCGAUCAUUCUUAUUUGGAGUCAUUUGGUGUAAUGGGUGAUACCACCACUGCCAUGCGAGAUCCCGUUUUCUACAGAUGGCACGGAUACAUCGAUGAUAUCUUCCAAGAACACAAAACUCGUCUCACACCAUACUCUCUAUCUGAGCUCAGUUACCCGGAAAUAUCUAUCACUGGUGUACAAGUAGAUACCGAAGGAUCUCAGCCAAAUGUUCUUCAAACUUUCUGGCAACAAUCAGAUAUUGACCUAUCAGGUGGAUUGGACUUUGUGCAACGUGGCGAUGUGUUUGUUCGCUUCACUCAUCUCCAACAUACUCCAUUCACCUACACAAUCAACGUCAACAACGAUGGUGGUGCUCAACGUUAUGGUACAGUACGAAUCUUCCUGGGACCGAAAAGAGAUGAGACCCAUAAGGAAAUGCUUUUCAAAGAUCAACGUUUGCUGAUGGUAGAAUUAGACAAAUUUAUUGUGUCACUAAACCCUGGCGAAAAUACCAUUCGACGCCGAUCCUCUGAGUCUAGUGUUACCAUUCCCUUCGAGCAAACCUUCCGCAAUGUAGAGAAAAACGGACCAGGAGAAGGUAGCUCUGAAGAAUUAGAAUUCAACUUCUGUGGUUGUGGAUGGCCUGAUCAUAUGCUCAUCCCGAAAGGUUCACCUGGAGGUCUUCCCUGCGAAUUGUUUGUAAUGGUAUCCGAUUAUGAUAAGGAUAGGAUCGAGGUAUUGAUCGAAGGUACGUGCAAAGAUGCGCCAUCUUACUGUGGCUUGCGUGAUCGUCGCUAUCCAGACCGUCGUGCUAUGGGGUAUCCAUUUGACCGCCUCGCUCGCUCAGGCGUUGAAAACCUUGCCCAAUUCCUGACUCCGAAUAUGAACGUCGUAGAUGUGGUAGUGCGUCACGACAAAAGCACUGAAAAACAGAAAUGCUAACCCAUUUGCUUCAAGGACUGUGGACUAAUGAAACAUAUGUAUAUACGUAUGUAUCAAGCAUAUGUAUGUAUAUACGUACAAUAAUUAAUUUCAAAAUAUUCUGCACACUUUCUUGUAUAUGUAUGUGUGAAUCUAUAAACGAAAUAAAACCUCAGUUGAAUAGAAA